AUGGUCUUGAGUUCACUUCAAACCAAACUUGACGCUAAAUUGUCCUUGUCUGCAUUGUUGGCUGCUGUCGCCUUCGCAUCGCAUCGCGAGAUUAAAGCCUCUACGACAAGAGUGAUUACAACGAUGUCCGCCGGCAUCAAUCCUGUCUGCAGGUCUUGCUGCCUCCUUCGACCAACCUCCGCAGCAGUGAGGACGUUUACCAGUUCAUCAACAAGAGGUGCAAUUCCGCCAGAAUCACCCAACUUCGUCGACAUUCCCGGCACCUUCCAGACCGAUUUCUUCCCCCUUCAAAGACAGAAAGGCAUCCUACCUGUCCCUCGAGAGAUCUUCCCAGCUCGGCAACCGGACAAACCAUCCCAACAAUAUCUAUCCCGCGCCAUACCCCCCCGUAAAAAAACAUCAAGCAAACCGCUCAGCAACAUGACCGAAGAGGAAAAAUACAAAGCGCGCAUGACCGACCUCCGCCGGCAACACCUCCGCUCCGGCCUCCUAGAGCUCUACAACCGCAAACAAGCCAUGACGGCGCAGAUGUCCUCGCGAUCCACCGCGCGCCAAAAGGAGCGAGCGCGGCUGAUGACCCAACCGAGCCAAGACCGAAUCCCGCCGCGACGCCCUCCACACCCUCUACAUGCACGCGCGCACCUUCAUCACCACGGAGAAACAGCUGGCCGCCGAACUCGACCUCAUCUUCGACAAUCCGGCGACAGAGUGGGGUACAGCCGCCGCGGACGGGUCGAAUAUCUGGAACCGGGAACCGCCUGCCACGAUCGCGGCGUUGUUGCAGGACGAUUUGGCAAGUGGGGGCAGGCAGGAGACGGGAAGGGCGGUGCAGAGGGGCGAAAAGAUGAGAUAUCGUCUGGAUCAGCAGAGGAUGAGGAGGAUUGCCGAGGCGUUGAGUGGUGGGAAGAUGUGAAGGGGAUAUCUGAGCUUUGA